UUGUCCGGCCCCCUGAUCUUUCUGUCCAUUGGCUUCUUCGGGUCUAUUUUUCAUGUCCAGCCCCUAAUGAGUGUCCAUUGGUUUUGUUAUUUCCACUCCCUCCUCCCACUCCACGGCUUUGCCCUGCCCAUGUUCUGUAUGUCUAUGUCCAUCCAUCUCCUGACGUUCAAGUUCGCAGGGACGUCACGUCCGCACUUGAACUUGCAGCUCAGGGGGGCUUUUGCCAUUUUUUCAUCUCUCUCUCUCUCUUUUCAAAAAAGCCAUGACGGCUAUCCCACAAUCCAUCUUCCCUGCGCCAUCUUUGUAUUAUUUCUAAUUUAUUUUGGAUGUCAAAGGCAUUGAUGAAGAUAUUUUCUCUGGAGUCUCCCUUCUAACCCGGCUCUCCCGAUGUGAACCGAGCUGAAAGCCACCACCAGCCACCAUGUCUCGCCGCAAGCAAGGCAAACCCCAGCACUUAAGCAAACGGGAUUUUUCGCCCGAGCCCCUGUCAGCCGUGGUCUCGGAGGAGAGGCAGGAACAGCGCGGGCUGGUACAGGUAGCUCCAGAGGGAGACCAGGACCUGCUCACCUGUGGCCAGUGUCAGAUGAACUUCCCUUUGGGAGACAUCCUUAUUUUCAUUGAGCACAAAAGGAAGCAGUGCAGUGGCACUUUGUGCAUGGACAAAGCAGUGGAUAAGCCCCCCUCGCCCUUGCAUGGUGAGCUGAGGAGAGCCUCCAACCCCGUGGAGGUGGGCGUCCAGGUCACGCCAGAGGACGAUGACUGCUUAUCGACGUCUUCUCGAGGAAUCUGUCCCAAACAGGAAAACAUUACAGGUAAAGAUGAGCCCAGCAGCUACACUUGCACAACCUGUAAGCAGCCGUUCAGCAGUGCCUGGUUUCUGCUGCAACAUGCCCAGAACACUCAUGGCUUCCGCAUCUACCUUGAGAGUGAGCGCGGAAGUCCGCUCACGCCCCGUGUGGGAGUUCCUUUGGGAAUGGGUGUAGAUUGCUCCUCUCAGCCCCCCUUGCAUGGCAUCCAUCUCCCAGAGGGAAGCCCAUUCAACCUACUGCGGAUACCCAACUCUGGACGUGAUGGACCCCCUCUCCGAGAGGGUCGGUUUCCCCCUACGCCGCCUCUCUUUAGCCCUCCACCCCGCCAUCACUUGGACCCUCAUCGCAUGGAGCACCUGAGCCCAGAGGAGCUGGCUUUGGCUACCCACCACCCGAGUGCCUUCGACAGGGUGCUGCGCCUCAACCCCAUACCCAUGGAUCCCCCAGUUAUGGACUUUUCUCGUAGGUUGAGGGAGCUGGCUGGUAACACCUCAGGGUCAACUCCUCCUCUCUCACCCAACAGGCCCAGCCCUAUGCAACGGCUACUACAACCAUUCCAGUCAGGAACCAAGCCACCCUUUCUCUCCACCCCUCCCCUACCUUCCAUGCAGUCCCCCUCUGGGUCCCAGUCCACCCCAACCCCUCUUACACAACAGUCCAACACGCCAAUGAAGAGCAAGUCUUGUGAGUUCUGUGGGAAGACCUUCAAGUUCCAGAGUAAUUUAAUCGUGCAUCGACGCAGUCACACGGGUGAGAAACCUUACAAGUGCCACUUGUGCGACCAUGCCUGUACGCAGGCCAGCAAGCUGAAGCGGCACAUGAAGACACACAUGAACAAGUCAUCGCCCAUGACGGUCAAGUCCGAUGAUGGCUUGUCCACAGCCAGCUCCCCUGAGCCGGGAACCAGCGACUUGGUGGGUAGCGCCAGUAAUGCCCUCAAGUCCGUGGUAGCCAAAUUCAAAAGCGAAAACAACCGCCUGAUUCCAGAGAACGGAGAGGAAGAAGAGGAAGAGGAAGAGGAGGAGGAGGAGGAAGAAGAGGAGGAAGAGGAAGAGGAGGAAGGAGAGGAGGAGGAGCUGGAGAGAGAGGGAGGUAGAAACAACUACCACUUCAGCCUCAACCUCGAGGCUGCACGGCACCACGAGAACCAUGGCGGACGUCUGGGUGCGGGCGAGGACGGGAUCCCGCGCUCACUGCCAGAGGUUAUGCAGGGCAUGGGGCUGGCUGCCAGCAUGCAGCACUACAGCGAGGCUUUUCAUCAACACAAGCGAGGAGCCCUUAACUCUGACAAUGAUGCACAUAGGAACAUGUGUGAUGAGGACUCGGCUCUGGAAUCAGACAGAGUGGAUGAGGGCUGUGGCUCAGCUAUCAAUGGUCGAGGCUCAUCCCCCAGUGAGUCUGCCUCUGUUGGUUUGUCCAAGAAGCUCCUACUGGGCAGUCCUAGCUCACUUAGUCCUUUCUCCAAACGAAUCAAGCUGGAGAAGGACUUUGACCUCUCCACCCCUACAAUCCCCAACACUGAGAAUGUCUAUUCCCAGUGGUUGGCUAACUAUGCUGCUUCUCGGCAGCUGAAGGACCCCUUUCUGAACUUUGGGGAUUCCAGACAAUCGCCUUUCGCCUCGUCUUCAGAGCACUCCUCAGAGAAUGGAAGCCUGCGCUUCUCUACGCCACCAGGGGACCUGGAUGGCGGCGUCUCGGGCCGCAGCGGGACUGGCAGUGGCGGCAGCACGCCACACCUCGGGGGUCAUGGUCGGCCCAGCUCGAAAGAUGGCCGACGCAGUGACACCUGCGAGUACUGCGGCAAAAUAUUCAAAAACUGCAGUAAUCUGACUGUGCACCGGCGCAGCCACACGGGUGAGAGGCCUUAUAAGUGUGAUCUCUGUAAUUAUGCCUGCGCUCAGAGCAGCAAGCUAACACGGCACAUGAAAACGCACGGGCAAGUGGGCAAGGACGUUUACAAAUGUGAAAUCUGUCAGAUGCCUUUUAGUGUGUACAGCACCCUUGAGAAACACAUGAAAAAAUGGCACAGUGACCGCGCAUUGAACAACGAAAUUAAAACUGAGUAGCGGUGGAGUGUGGUGGCUCACUUGCCUGUUAACAGCGAAUAACACCUUACCCCACUCCCACCCUCAUCCUUGUAGAUUUCCCUGUUUCGCUAGUCCAGUGGAGGCUAAGACAAUGUGCUUGGCACCACCAGCACACCCUUUUCAUUUACCGUUGAAUGCAUGAUCUGUAUCGGGGCAAUACUAUUGCAUUGACGCAAACUUGGAGCCUUUCUCUUGUGCAAUAAUUUACAUGUUGUGAACUUUUUAUUUUUUCUUUCCCAUUUUGGAAAAUUUGACAGCAUGCAUGAUAUAUUUGGGCUAAUUUUAAAAAUAAAUUGUCCCUGGUUGGUUAGUUGUUUAGUAAAUGUGUUGCUGUUUUAUCGUUCAUUAUUUUACAAAUGUUUUUUUUCUGUAUUUUUUUUAUUUUUAUUUUGAGAUCAAAGAAAAAGAAAAGAAAAAAACAACCAUGCUGCAUACAUUCUGUAAUACAUAUCAUGUACAGUUUUGUGUUGUAACAUGGAGGACUACAGGCUAUCGCUUAACCCUCUUUGGGCGGGCUGGAAAUCGCACUUAAACUAAUCUUUCAAAAAGAUGUUCUGUCCACAUAGGGUUAAAAUACUAAUUGGCCUCUAUUACGGAAUAAAAAUAAUUACAGCCUUUGGAUUUCUCAAAAAGGAAACAGCAUUAAGAUUUGAAUUUGUACUAUCAUUUGGUAAAACAAACAAAAAGAGUGCCUUGGAUAUCUUGAAAUUGCAUUGGUUAAUCUCAUCUGCUGUAAUUCUGGAGUCUCAGCUAGAUACUACAUAAGGAUCGAUCGGAUCCUCAGAAGGUUCUUGCAUCAAGUACCUUACCGCUACAGUCAACUGUGACUUUAGAGAGAAAUAAUAAUAAUCAAAAAGCUAAGGAAAUUUCUAGUUAAUCACCAUUAGGUACCUACGUAAAACGUAUCCUUCCAUCGUGGUUUAUGUCCUGGGCAUGGCACAUGCAGUAUAUGGUAUGGGAUUCAGCCUCGUUUACUUCUUCUAUCUGAAGGUACUGUACUUGGCGGUACUAGGUUUCAGUCCACAAUCAUUUGACUUUUCUGUGUUUGUUCAAGUCUUCUCUUCAGUAGCACAACAUUUUGAUGUUUCUUUGAUGACCAUUGUUAGUGUGAACGUCCGUUGCGAAGGAACACCUUAGGGCAUUUGGAGCAAACUAAUGUAAUGUAUACUUGAGAAUUGGUUAUUAAGAAAGCAUUGAAAUAUUUGCAGCUGUCAGUGAUGAUUAACUAUGAAUUGCCUACAGGUCUGAGUCAAAAUCUUAUUUCUUUAUUAUUGCCUAUGUCUGAGCUCCCUAAAAGACUAAAUGAACCUGAAAGACUUACUGAGCAAGAGCGAGACACAGUGAGAGGGAAAACCAUACUCGUCACUUUUGUUCCUUUGUUUUAUAUGAGUUUCACACAUGGUGUGGUAUAAGUUGACAUUCAAGGAGACUCUUUUUCAUUGUUGCAUUAUGACAUCAAUGACUCUAGACAACGUUUUUUGGUGUUUAGACAGCACCUGCCACUCUGCCCUUUUUUAUAUUAGACAUGCUAAUUGGAGGUAUAGUAGUUGAAUAUAAAUUAAGAUUGCUUGCUUGUUGGACAACGAAGUGCACUGUUAAAGUUUCCCAGUUUACAGAUAUUCACGAGAGGGAAAACGUCCUAAUGAAUCGAACAUGGUGUCAUUGUUUAAUGUAAAAAAGCCAACUCCUCCUCUCACCUCAUGAAGAUAAAGCCCACCUCCGAUAUAAUAUUAUUGUGUCAAAGCACACAGUGCUUGACAAAGUACGGACAAUUGAAACUUGCUGCUUUCACUGCAAGAACUUUUUUUGUACAAAUCUUUUUUUUAAGUAUGAAAAUAAAAUGACUUUUUUAAAAAGUAACAUUUCAUUAUCUUAGGGGAAACUGAAUUUAAGUUUGUUAUUUCUUUUUUCCUCUUUGUCUUGGUGGUGUUCAAGACUUGAUCACAAUAUAUAUAAAAUGGGAAAAAUCUGUGAUUUUUUUCCCCGGCUUUUUCUUUCUUUUUUCAUCUUGGCUCUUCACAGCUCUUCAGGUCAAACUUGCAUUGGGGAAAGGUUUAAGAUUAUAUAUAAAAUAUAUAAUAGAGAAACUUAAAUAUAGGAAAAUGCACAUCAUGUCAGUUCCUAUGCUAAAACACAUUUAUGGUCUACUUUCUUCUGUAUUUCUAGAAUGGUAUUUGAAUUAAAUGUUCACCUAGUGUAGGUACUACAGUAUUUAUAUUGAGGCUUGUAUUUUUAACUGUUGCUUGUUCUCUCAAAAGGUAUUAUUGUACCUUUUUUGGUAGUGGAAAAAAACAACAAGCUGCCACGGUAUAUUUUUUUAAUUUGGCAGGAUAAUAUAGUGC